CAACUCCAAAACGCAAAAGAAACAAAACCUCUCAUGUCCCAACUACUCACAAAAAGAGCACUCUCAAUCUCCAGACCUCUUAAAUCCAACCACCUCAAAACAAUCGCAAGAAUGAGCUCCUCAGACGCCUCCGCCCACUUCCCCCCACCUUCCAUCCGCAACAUCCUAAACGAAGUAACAACCCUCCUUCACGAACGCAACCAAACCAUCGCAGUCGCCGAAACAGCAGCAGGCGGUCUCCUCUCUUCCUCUAUCCUCUCCACCCCUGGCGCCUCCAAAGUCUACAAAGGCGGUCUGACCCUCUACACCCUCCCCUCCCGCACCGCCUACGCAGGCUGGACGGACGAAAAGACCAAGAACUACAAAGGUCCCACGCCUGAAAUUGUUGCUGGGAUGGCUAAGCAUGUGAGAGGGGAAUUAGGGGCGGAUUAUGUGAUUUCGGAGUCAGGGACUGCUGGGCCUACGGGUGGGGAGACGAGGAAUAGGACGCCUGGAUAUGUUGCGCUGGCUGUGGAUUGUGAGAAGGGGAUGUUUACUAGGGAGGUGGAGACGGGGUUGGGAGGGGACAGAGUGGGAAAUAUGGUGAGGUUUGCCGAGGAGGGAUUGAAAUUGGUUAGGGAUGUCAUUACUGGCGAUGCUAAGCUGUAGAGUAUAGUAUGGCUUUGGUAUAGCAAGCCUGAAAUGUUCAACUUGCAAAUUCGAAAAUCAAGAUAUAAACGU